UCUGUGGACGAUAGAUAUGGAAGCCAAGCUUUUUGUCCAACAUGGAGGUCUUUGCCGGAAACUGAACCACAAGGGAGAAUGUCCCCCAGUGGUUGUGGCAGUAAUGGUGAAGCCUAGAGACGAAACCAGAGGAGCAAGACAAUCAAAAAGUGUGUAUAAUGACAACUGGUUCGAUCGGAUUGCCAUCAAUUAUCUCUCCCAGAGUGUCCAAGCUACGUCAGGGAUAAGAAAUGAUAAGACUGGAUACGACAGUUUAGUUGAGGCGGCAAAGGCGGUAUGGCAAAACUUCAAUCACAAGAAGCAACAUGAACUUGUGAUCCAUGCUCUACAUAAAGCUUUCCCGCCUCCCCUUUUCUUCUUGGCAAGUUUCUUCUUCUUCUUCUUCUUCUUCAUUGUUUCUCUUGCUUGAUUUGUUGGGUGGUUGGGCAUGAAAAAGCAGAUCAGAACAUUGUUACCGCAAUCCAAAUUUACGAGGGAAUUGUAUGCCGUAUUCACCACUUUCCUGUUUGCUUGGCUGGUCGGGCCCUGCGAGGUGAAGGAGUCGGAGAUGGAAGGAGAAGGAGAAAAGAAUGUUGUCCACGUCAAGAAAUGCAGGUUUUUGGAGGAGACAAGCUGUGCAGGAAUGUGCAUCAACCUCUGCAAGAUGCCUACUCAAAGGUUCAUCAAGGACACAUUAGGAAUGCCUACCAACAUGGUACCAAACUUCGAUGAUAUGAGCUGCGAUAUGAUAAUCGGUCAGGAUCCUCCGGCACCGGCCGAUGACCCAGCACUGAAACAACCGUGCUACAGGAUAAUAUGUAAAGCAAAGCAAAAGCACAGCACGGAUUGUUCAAACUACUUACUUGAUUGAAGAGGAAGAUGUGAAAGACUGACAAGGAAGGAUAUUUGGAAUGAAAUCCUCUUUUAUUACUUCUAUUUGUCACUCCCUCAAUGAAAAAGAGGAACCCAUUUCUGGUCAAUCUUUUGUUUAUGACUUAUUUCUUAAAAUGCUAAAAUGAUCUCAUUCUUGUUAUAAAUCCACUCAUACAACUCAAACCAAUACCAAUACGGAAUGAUUCCAUUGCAAUG